AUGAGUUUGCAGACUGCGGGAGACAUGUUAUACGAUGAGAAACUUAGCACUGUUACGUAGGGUAUUGUAAAAAAAGUUUUUGCCAUUUUUUGUGUUGUAAAGAAAGUUCUUGCCAUUUGUUAUUUUGUAAAAAAAGUUUUUGUCUACUUUUGUUUUGUAAAGAAAGUUCUUGCAAUUUUUAACCUUGUAAGGAAAGUUCUUGCCAUUUUUUGUCUUGUAAAGAAAGUUUUUGCUUUUUUUUGUUUUCUACCCCUUCAACUUCAAAAACCUAUUACCUAAAAGUCAAUGAGAAUUGAUUCCCCAACUCAUUAGCAAUAAAUCUAGCGGCAUCUACCACAGUAAUAAACUACAAAUCUCUAGAUGGAACACCAAAUUUGAUGUUCGUAAAUCUUGUGCACGCCUUUUAUUUCGUUUUUAUUUCACUGUUGACACGUUUUAUAAAAAGUUUUGAACGAUCCGUUCGGAUUGCGCAAUUCCUUUUAUCCACUUCAUAUCCUCCCCCCCCAUCCAGGAAUGUCAUGUCUUAUUGGUUUUUCGACUGGAUAUUGUAGUCCUUUGUUUUAGUACACUCAAGUUGUGUUUUUUGUAAUUUUUUUGGAUAUUUGAAUAGUUGGUAGAAGGAAGGGGUGAUCUUAGUUCGGCUGUAGUUAGGGGAAAGGGAGGAAAGAGUGAUAAGGAGUACAGUGGAACUUCUGUAUAACGAACUCCUCUGUAACGAAAACCCCGUAUAACGAACAACUUUUGAAUCUCCGUCCACCACUGCACAGUGCAUUUAAAACUCCUGUGUAACGAAACUCUUUUAUAACGAACAAAUUUACAGUCCCGGAGCGAUUUGUUAUACACGAGUUCCACUGUAUUUUGAUUCGCCGUUGGCAGGAAUGCUAGGGCACAAACAAGGAAUAUAAACUGAUGGGGGGGGAACUGGUCGGUGUUUUGGCUAGGCCACGGACAGGAGCGGGGGAGAAGAGAGUGUGAGGGAGAGGAGGGUUACUUGGUUCGCGGGUGGUGCCAAUUUUUGUUUUGUAUGUUAAGAGGGGGGAGAGGGUGUACUCAAAAUUUUUAUGAAAAUGCUAACAACUUUUUGUAAAAAGCAUUAAAUUUUGAUUAAAACGAAAAAUAAUUGCAAGAAUUUUCUUUUAAAAACUUUACAACCCAAAAGAUGGCAAGAACCUUCUUUGCAAUAUAAAAAAUAGCAAGAACUUUCUUUACAACCCAAAAGAUGGCAAAAACUUUCUUUACACUAUCAUAAAGUGAUAAAGUAUUAUGUUUUUUGAAGUUAUAAAAUUUUGUAAUAAGUUAUUGUAAAAUACGGUGUUCGUGUUUUUUUAAAAUUUUAUAAAAUUUUAAAAAUUCUUUUUUAAAAUAAUGCCUAAAAUACAUUUUUUAACUCCAAAGUUCAAUACUGUUAACCCGACAAAAGUACACGUAAUCGAGCACAAAACAGGAUUUUGUGUUUGUGCGGCUCUUUCAUUAACUGGACUGGAUUUUCUUUGGGCUAAUCUGAGUUAAUUUGAAUGUUACGUUGAAACAUGAUGAAAUUACUCAGUAGAAUGAGACAUUACCGAGUAGACGGAAGUGUGGGAAUCGUAUUUUAGCAUUGUUUCAAUAAUAGUUUUGGGCUGUCGGAUGAAAUGUAGUUUUUUAAAAAUUUUAAAUUUUUUAAAAAAUUAAAAAAUUUUAAAAUUUUGGGUGAUUUUUUAUAGUCUUACAGUAGCUUUAAAUAUCUUUUAUAACAUGUGUUUUUGUAAAAUACGUCAAGGCCUUCAUGUGUUGUUUUACUAUUUAAAAAAAGUUUUGUCGUUUUUGCCUAUGAUAAGCAAUGUAAAAUGACGACAAGACUUUUUCUUGGCAUUUUAGUUUAUUUUUGUAAAAUACGAACUGAAAAAAACUGUUAAUAAAGUUUAUAUAAUUUGUGAUUUCAGGUCAGCCAAGAGAAUUUUGGACCCAAUCCUAGUUGGCGGCUCGGUUUCUCGCGAAUUCCAGCGAUUUUCACGUUCACGCGCCGACGGACCGACUCAGCAUCGUCGUUCCCGAAGCGCACAUCCCACUCUUCUUGGCAGUAUGGCUUAUCGGUAAGGGUAAUAUUAUGUCUAUCGUUCAAGGUUGGAUUUUUUUAUUUUUUACCCAAAUUUAUAAAAUACGAACUUCCACACGUAGUUUAAAAAUUGUUUUUAAGGAUACAGUGUUAGGCCAACAAUAAGAUGCAUCUAGGAUAUAAUGUGGGGAAGGCUAAAGCAGAACGGCAGUAGUACUGACAUAGGGCGGAGUAAAACUAAAGCAAGAUUAUAAGUUAGAUAAGGAUGUACAGCAGAGUAGAGCAAGAGUAAAAAAUGAUAGAAUAUAGGGUAGGGUAGGGUAGGGUAGAGAAAAAUAGCGUAGGGGGGACACCAUCUACAAUUUUUUUGUUUUAUAAAAACUUUUUUAGAAAUCACAAGCCCAGAGCCUCCUCCUCUACCAACUCAGCAGAGCCAAGUCUACCCGAUCGUUUAGCUUCAGCCUUAAAGUCUCUUCGGCCGCAUUUGAAUAGCAAUCAGCAUGGAAAUCGACAGAAAUCAAUGGUCGUUGAUGCUGAUGAUGUGGUAUACUUUGCAAAUCAUGAACGAAUGACAGGCUCAGACAUUCAUGGCAAACAUGGUCAUAAAUGUAACAGUAAGUGUCAGCAUUUGGACAAUGUGGAUGAUGGUGUGGAUUUGGAUGGAAAUUACAGUAGUAAUGAAGUAAGUUGGGUUUGUAAAGAAGUUUUUGCCAUUUUUGAGUUUAUAAAAAAAAGUUUUUGCCGUUUUUUGUUUUGUAAAGAAAGUUUUUGCUUUUCGUUUAUAAAUUUGAAAAAAUUAGCUUCCGCCGCCCGCGGGUGACAAGUUAUACGAUGGGUAAGAACCAGCUAAAAAUUUUGGUAAAACUAGGUAUGUAAAGAAAGACUUUGCAAGUUUUAAAAGUUUUAAAAUUUUUUUAUAUGACGAUGACAAAACCCAGCAGAACAGCAAUAUUUACCUAAAAUCUUAAGUAUUUUCUCGUGUUUUACGUGUAAACGUUUUUCUUUAUUUUUUGUAAUUUUAGUCCAAGAGAAAAGCUCGACAAAAAAGUGCACCCCCAGCCGAAUUAAAAACCCUUGACGAUUUGAGGCAGUUGUACAAGAAUGCUCCCCACAGCUCACAAGACGAUGAUGACAUAGAAAAUAAUAUGUAAGUUACCUAUUACGAUUAAACAGCCUUAGACUUAGCCUUGUCUUCGACUGGCUUUGGUUUUGUUUUGGCUUGGUCAGCUCUGGCUUGGCCUUGGUCUUAACCUGGUUUUGGGUUGGACUUGGCUUGACUUUGGCUUGGCCCGAACUAUUCUCUGGCUUGUUUCUGGCUUAUUUCUGGCUUUGUCUCUGGUUUGUUUCUGACUUUACUUUGCCUUGACCUGUCUUUAACUUGGUUUUUGCUUGGUGUGGGUUUGGGCUCGGCUUUGAUUAUGGCCUUGGUCGGCCUUUGGCUUGGUCCUAGGUUUGGCUUACCUUGAUUCUGGCUUGGUCUUAGUUGGGUUCUAGCUUAGUCUUGGCUUGACCCUGGCUGGGCUUUGCCUUGGCCUUGGCGUGAUUUUGGGGUGGCUCUAGCUUAACCUAGCCCAGGCUUAAACCAGGCUUGCUUCUAGUUUUGCCAUGGCUUUGGCUUGGCUUAAACUUGGUUUGCCCUGGCUAGGCUUUGGUUUGUUCUUGGCUUAAGUUUGGCUUUGUUUGACAUUGGUUUGGUCUUGGUUUAUUCCUGGAUUGUCCUGGCUUGGACCUAGAUCUAGCCACCAGCUGCAGUCACCUAAAAUAGUUACUAGUCCUACCAACCAAUCUUAGCUACUAGCCUUAGCUACCAGAACGAGCCGUCAGCCUUAGGCACACUUUACUUGCUACUUAAAACUUACAGUACCUAAAUUUAAAAAUUUUAAAUUUUCAGUUUUAAACCCCCAAAACGAGAAUCCAGUUCAACUUUCAACUCAAUCGACCUAAAACCACCCGUGCCUUCAUCAUCUCCGCCAGGUUCUCUGUCUCCUCGAUCUCCAUUAGUCACCACUUCUAUGACAUCAUCGUUAAGUUCAGCUUCUUCAUCACGAUCAGCCGCUGAUUCUGGAUAUCGUUCUCACAAACGGUUACAGAACGACCUGGACAACAAUAAUAAGCCUGACGUGUCAUUGAUCUACAUCAACGACGGAUCAUUGUCAUCAACUGAGGUCGAAAAGUAUCGAGGGAGUCAUAAAGAAGACAAGGGGAUUACUGUAGUGAAGGUGGAUACUGUGGAAAAUUCGAAUUUAGUUGAUAGUGAUAGGAAGAUGGAGAAGAUAAAAAAUGGCAGUGUGGGUCAAAGUAAAGGUCAAAAAAUGAGUCAUAAUGACGAAUUGAAAAGACCAAAUGGAGACACUAAGACGUCUUAUACCCAACAGGUCUUUAAUGAUCUUAGGCAUAGCAACCUCCAGUACGGUCAACAAAAAAUGGCAGCUCUGUCAUCUACAAACUCAGCUGAUAAGGCUAAGACUGAAGUUGUGCUUGACCAUAAGCCUAAAAGUGGUUACCAUCUUAAGUCAUUAAAUGGGCUAAAUCAUCAAGCUUUGGCUAGCCAUAGCCCAGCUAUGUCAUCAGUACCUGUAGCACAUGUUUCACCUACUGUAGCUACUCAACAUGCAUCGGAUGCUGUACCCAACAAACUCAAAGUCUCUACAGUACCCAGUCCUCAAGCAUUGUAUUCUGUACCAAACCAUCAAACAUCAUCUACAGUACUAAACCAUCAAACAUCAUCUACAGUACAAAACUCUCAACCGUCAUCUACAGCAUCAUACACAUCAACCCAGUCAGAUAUAGCUUUAUUCCGACCGACCAGAUUUACAGUACCUUUCACUUACACUACUAGUGAUAUGAAAAGCCUAAUAGAACAAACGGUACCAGCGUUAAGUCAAGGGUUCAGUCAUGAACUGUUCAUGAUGUUGUUGACCAGAUUCAGACAUUCAAUGGAGGUCUUUUCGGUCGAAAUUCAAAGAAACAUCGGGCCAUUUGUAAAGUGCGCUGUUCGGGAUAUCAAUCUGAGCUUGAUGGUGGGACGGAUUUUAAAUUUUGGUUAUAGAGGGAAGGGAGAGUGAUUUAGCUCUAAGUAAAAAAAAUCAAAAUUUUUUCUUCAACAGCUUAAAACAUUCUUUUUUAAUUUUUUUAUAAUUUAAACAAUUUUUGGAACAGGCACCGUAUUUUACCUUGAAAACUAAAAUUUUGAUUUUUUUGAUUUCAAAAAAUUUCAAAAUUUUUAAUUUUUUAAAAAUAAUUUUAGUCUCUACUGCCAGAGAAAACAGCCUACAUUUGCAUGGAUUAUGCAGUCCAAACACUCGCUUUCUUCUCAAAUUCAGCCACUUUUACCAAGAGUUUGGAAGCAAGAGCAUCACUGAAAAUGAAUGUCGGAAAAAUGUACCGAUGGAUGAAGUUAUCUGGCCUUACUGAUGUUGUUGUCGAUGUGGUGAGUUGCUUUUCAAAAGCACAUUCUUGCCUUGCCUUGCCUUGCUUUGCUUUUAGCAAACAAACUAACUUACGUUAUGUUGUACAUAUAUACUUACAAAGUAAAAGCAAUGUUAUAUUUCAGACCGCAGUAUACCUAACAGCAGUGUUUGAACGUCUGCUACUGCUCUACAUCCAAACGGUCGAAAAAACUCGUAGUAACAAGCAAUUUUCUGAUGUUCUAAGACAACAUUCAUCAUUAUUCGACGCUUUUACUAUCAAUGACUUAACAACAGGAAUAUGCAUACCCACCAUGAGAUUACUGCAAAAGCUGUUGGAUAUAGAUGCAGCUGAUAAUCAUGUAAAACAAUCAAAAUGGCAUAAGAGAUGGCGUGAGAAUCACAAAAUCGGAGUCAGGUUUGAUGAAGACGGCUUGAAUUGUUUGUUCUUUUACAUCAGAUGUAACGAAGAAGGGCAGAAUUGCAACUGUGUUGGCAAAAAGUAAGUCUAAAAAUAUCUUUUUUGUAAUGUAAGCCUAGAGCAAUCUUAUUUUAAAGUAAGAGUCGGGUUUGAUUAAAAACAUGCGCUAUUUUUAAAAGGGAGGGUAAUGAACAGGUAAAACAAGUUAAAGAGUAAUGUAGAGCAAGAGAGAGGGGAAGGGAGAAAGGGUUAUUCAACGGUAUAGUAAAGCAUGGGUAAAACAAGCGUGGUGAGGUAAAGUUAAGCAUGGUAAGACAGAGUCGGAUAGAGUAAUUCUAAAGUGAAGUACGGUUAAGACAAUAGUAGGAUAAGUAACGGUAGAAUAAGGUAAGAUAUGAUAGAAUAAGAUAGGGCAGGGCAGGGCAGGGCAGGACAGGGUAUGGCAUGGCAGGGUAGGGCAGGGCAGGGCAGGGCAGGGCAGGGCAGGGCAGGGCAGGGCAGUUCAUAAAAAUUAAAAAAUAAAAAUUUUAGGCCCAUCUUUGCUCACUUCGUCGAAACCAUUCUCAAUAUUGUUGAACAUCGUAAUUCGGCCAGAAUAAAUCGUGCAGAUGUAAUGGAAGCUGCCAGAAUUUUAAAGUUAAUUGACAAACUUCCUCCACGAUCAUCGUCUGACUUUAUUGACAGUCCAGAUUGUCUGGAAUGGCAAUGGUUAGAACAGUCUAGGUUAUGGGAGGUUGAUCAAGCUGAAAGAAGAAAAAUAUUUGGACAAUGUGAUCUGAGUAGGACUAAUUCACAUGUAAGUUUUUUGUCUUUUUUUUUGGGUUGUAAAAAAAGUUUUUGCUAUUUGGUGUUUUUUAAAGAAAGUUCUUGAUAUUUUUUGCUUUAUAAAGAAAGUGUUUGCCAUUUUGUGUUUUGUAAAGAAAGUUUUUGCUAAUAGCUUAAGAUCAAAAAAAAACUUUUUUUAGGGUUUGUCAUGCUUAUCCCGUACCAUUCUAAACAACAAUAUCUCUGCUGCCAACCUAAUAGUCCAUAAAACCAAUGCUCAUUUGGACACCCCAAUAUCACCAUCAAACCUCAAAGGUCCACACAAAAAUUGCAAAUUAUUCGACGAUUUUCUUGGUUGGACACCAUUGUUUUGGGCUGUAGUUAAGCAAGAUACUGAGAUGGUUAAGAAGCUACUGGCUCAGAAUGUGCAUGUCAAUGCUGGUUGGAUGCGAAGGGAGACUCCGCUACAGGUAAGACUUGUUUUUGCUUUUUUGCACUAUACUAUACUAUACUAUACUAUACUAUACUAUACUAUACUAUACUAUACUAUACUAUACUAUACUAUACUAUACUAUACUAUACUAUACUAUACUAUACUAUACUAUACUAUACUAUACUAUACUAUACUAUACUAUACUAUACUAUACUAUACUAUACUAUACUAUACUAUACUAUACUAUACUAUACUAUACUAUACUAUACCCUACCCUACCCUACCCUACCCUACCCUACCCUACCCUACUCUACCCUACCCUACUCUACCCUACCCUACUUUACCCUACCCUACCCUACACCACCCUAAAUUAACAAACUUCAGUUAGCAGCAGCCUCCGGCUCACCAGAAAUCAUCCACCUACUACUAAAACACCGUGCUGAUCCACAGUUCACAUUGGUCGAUUAUGAACACAAGGAUCAGCAGAAUGUAGCUGGGGCUCCAGCAGCUUUGGCUAUCGCCGCUGCCUCAGGCAAUUCUCAAGCUUUCAAUUUAAUCUUGACUGAGUUGAGAAAACCAUCGUUCAGCAAAGAUAACCUACCAGCUAGUAUUGAUGAACAUGGAGAUGGCAGUGGUAAUGUGAGUGAAUGUACUCAGACUGUCAACUAUGCUGAGACUGGCAAACUAACUCAGCUGGUUUUGAAGGUAGUUUUAUCGUGUUUUCGGUGCCAUAUAUUAGAUGCCGACAUAAAGAACCCGCCAUAUUUUUCUUUACUUUUUUGUAAAAAGUUUCGGGUUCUUUAUGUCGAUAUCUAAUAUUUAGAAAGGCAGUACUAACAGUACAACUUAUAGGAAGCCCUCUACUACGCAGUGGAAUGUGGCAACUUGGACAUUGCUUUUGAUUUGAGUGCCUUAGGAGUGAAAUGGACCAUUAAUUUGUGGACUAAGUGCUUGGAAUGGUCAGUCCAACAGAAAUCAAAUCAAGGAAUCAAGCUAGUCUUGGACAGUUUUGUGUUGAGACAGCUAAGACAAGCUCCACUACAGGCACUGGAAAUGUUCAAUCGAAAGGUAAUUUUGAAAAUUGAAGGAACUUUCUUUACAGAAUUGAAAAUAGCAGUAACUUUUUUUACAAAUCAAAAAAUGGCAAGAACUUUCUUUACAAAACAAAAAAUUGCAAGAACUUUUUUUACAAAACAAAAAAUUGCAAAAACUUUCUUUACAACUUCGAAAAAUUUCACUUAUAACACUAACCUCCCCGUUUUAGCUAUUCGACAUUAUCGACCUAGACUUUAUCGACCAAUUCACAGAAAACGCGGUUUUCAACUCACUACUACAACUAACUUCUUCAAUUUUCAAAAACUUCUACAAAGAAGACGAUCACGCUGAGAAUUCUGUAUCAGAAUCCUCGAAUUCAAAGCCAUUUGGGGUUAUGAUCGAUCCAAAAUACUGUGACAAUGAAAAGUUCAGUGACGUCAAGUUUAUCUGCGAGAAUAGAAAGAUAUAUGCUCAUCGAAUAGCGUUGGUCAACGCUAGUCAACAGUUCGAGACGAUAUUACAGAACAGUGUAGAUAGUGUUAAAGUUAAUGAUAUCAGCUACAAUACUUUCAAGGUAAGAGAAUCUAUUUUAGCUGUAGAUGUAGCUGUAGCUGUAGCUCUAGCUAUAGCUUAAACUCAAGACUUAGACAUAGUUUUACCUUUCACUUCCCUAGCCAACACACUUUUCUCUAUUCUGGCCUUACUUAGUCUCUACCCUUGCUGAAUCUCAGCCUUGCUCUAGCUUCUCUUCUAAGCUCUAACUUUGUCUAUUUUCAGGCUAUUCUAUCCUAGUGUUCUAGUCUUAUUCUGAAUCUAUUCUUUGUUUCUCCUUUAAUUUAAUUUUUAACAUUUUUUUUACUUAGCUUUGCGACAAACGUGCUGUAAUUUUCUCUUAUUGUUAAGCUUUACGCUUUGCGAAGAUGCUUAACUCUUUUCAUACGUUUUUAAGUUUUUUAUAUUCUUCAUAAAGUUCUAAUUUAUUUAUUCUUUAGACAAUGAUUGUUCAAAAUUUAAUAACGGUUUUUUCAGGCGUUGAUUGAAUUCGUAUACGGAAAAAGAGCCGAAUGUUUGAAGCACAUAUCAGCCGAACCUAUUAACGACCAAUUGAAGACAAUUCAGUCAGCCGAACGCUUUGGCUUGUCUGAAUUGGCCGAACUGAUAGCCAAAGAGAUUAGUGACAAUAUUGAAGUAUCAAAUUGUUUGUCCAUCUAUCAGCAUGCUAUUGUAAGUUGUUACAGGACAUAUCUUAAAGCAUAACUUUAAUUUUUAAAAAUUUAUGUGAAAUACGUAUAUCAAUUGUAGUCUAGACUUCUAAGCGGACUAGGCCGAGUUCGAUUUUUUGCUUUAAUUUACAGGCUGGGCUUUGCUUGCAUGUGCGGGUCCGGCCCAGUUGCUUUGUUUCACACUUUUCGCAAGCCAUUUCUUUUGUUGUGGGACCUAGCGAUGGGCCCUGGGGCUUUAGGUUAGGCCCGGCUUGAUCUUUUUAAAUUUCUUUUAGCUUAUCCCGGCCUAGUGACGCCUUUCAGAUAUAGUCUAGCAUUAAAACAACCCCUGAAGUUUCAAAAACUUUAAAAAUUCCCAAAUUUUUUUCAGAAAACCGACAAUAACAAGCUACUAAAGCGAGUCGAGCCCUUUAUCCUCUGUCAUUUGGAGGAGCUGCUGGGGCGCAACUCGCCACAACAUCUCGACUUUCUUCAGAUAAACAAAUGUUUUGACCUCACCCAACGUCUAGCCAUAUAUUCGAAUCGUACCGUGCGCCAAAUCUUUCAUAAUUUCGAGUCCGAAGAGCUUUCUAUUCACAAAUUAUAA